AUGACUGACCAAGAGGCCGAAGCAAGGCUGCGCGAAUCUGGUCUCGGCGAGGCUGGCUGGACAAUCGUAGAGGCCGUGCCUGGGGAAAAGGCACUGUCCCGCUCUCUGACUUUCAAGAACUUUCGCACGGCCCUCGCCUUGACCUCAGCCAUUGGAGCUCAGGCGGAGGAGCAGAAGCAUCAUCCUCGUCUCACAACAGAGUGGGGUGCGGUGAGGGUCGAAUGGUGGACGCAUUCCAUCGGUGGGCUUCACGAGAACGACUUUGUCAUGGCGGCAAAGACGGAAGAGCUGGCCAAGGAUGCGGAGGGGAUCAAGCCGAGCAAGUAG